AUAACGCGCCAGCCAGAUUACCAAUUCAAGAAGAAGCUGCAGUAAACACACAAAUAGAAGAGUGGUUAAUAAAUGGAAUUAUUAGAAAAUCGUAUUCAGAAGUGGCAAGCAGAGUGGUAGUGGUUAAGAAGAAAUGCGGGUCAUAUAGAUUAUCGUCAAUUAAACACAAUAGUUUUAAAAGACUGUUUUCCAGUACCGAUAGUUGAAGAUAUGCUAAUGAAGUUGGGUGAUGCGAGGUAUUUUAUUGUCAUAGACUUAGAAAGCAGUUUCUUAUACGUACCGAUUGAAGAGGAUAGUAAAAAAUAUAUAUAGAGCUUUCGUAACUAAAUGGGGUUUAUUUGAAUUUAAUAAUGCACCUUUCGGGUUCUGUAACUCAUCGGCCAACUUUAUAAAAUAUAUAACAAAUAUAUUUCAAGACUUGAUUUACAGUGAGGUGUUGGAAUUAUAUGUCGACGACAUGAUAAUCGGUGGAAAAACACCUGAAGAAUACAUAGAAAAGUUGAAAAUAGUGCUGGAAAGAGCAUUAAAAUAUGAUUUACAAUUCAAAUGGACAAAAUGUACAUUUCUGAAGACGGGAAUAGAUUUUCUAGGCAAUAGAUCGCAUUGCAAAGUGAAUCGUACAAGAACUUUAAAAUUAAAGGAGGACUCCUCUACAAAGGUACAAGUUAACAGUCUGUUUCAUAUAACGGUACUUUGCUUAAAACACACAAUUUUUGUAUCUUAAGAAGGUGCAAGGAAAAAACAUUAAACACAUUAUUCCCUUUUCAGAACUCAGUAAAAGUGCUGUUGAAAAAAGAAUUUCUGAGGUUUUAAAUAUUAUUAUCUUCCAUUACUUUACUAGCGAUUGUAUUAAAAUUGCUGAAGAAGACAUUUCUGAGUACAUAUGUUACAGCAAUAUGUUGCAGACAGCAACUUUGUCCUACACAUAAACACUAAUGAUUUCUUACAUAGCGACAGUCUCAAUAUAACCGAUUUUUGCGAAGAUAAUUUACAGGAUCCUCAGGUGAAUAAGUUUAUCAAUUUGUAAUAAAUAAUUUUGGCUAAUUUAAUUAAAUUUGCUUUCCAGGUAUCAAAACAGUUUUUACAGCAUAAACUUCCGCUUAUUAAUGAGUGUUAUAAAUGUAAAAAAAAAUUAACGAAUCAACAGAGAAUUGAUGUAGCAAAAGAGAUCAUUAAACAUCUCUUGGUGAAUCCAAAUAGAAUGUAUGCUUCACAGUUUAACAUUGCAAAAACUGGCUGAAUCGAUAUGUGAAGUUUUUACGGAAGAACUUCCAGAAACAUAUUACAAUAAAUAUUGCGAAGGAUGGCAUGCAAGUGGCAAGCUUCAUGAUGCCUACAAUAACUAUCGGACAAGAUUAGCAGCUUCUGGACUAAUUACACGAAGAUCAAAAUCUACCGGUAGACGUGUAUUCAGGGAACACAAAAACAAUAAAAUUUCUACUGAUAACGUAGAAGAUGAUAUUUUAAAUCUUGCAACGGAAGUUAAUUUUGAUGUGGCUUUGCCCCUAUGGCAAAGAACCUUUGAGUUUCGAUGCAACUUACUUAAAACAAAUAUAUCAACUUCUGAUUUUCUACAACA